AUUCUUCUUGCGAAAGAAGGCAUAGCAGUAAUGGAAGAGCCACAAACUCCAGGAUCCGAUUGUAAUUCUAAUCCAGCGACCGAUUCUAUUCAGCAGGAUUUGGUUGGCUCGGAGUUUGUCCAGGACAAUGUGGAAUAUCAAUGGUUUAUCGAUUAUGGAUAUAGAGAUGGAGGACUACAUAUCCAUCCUAGUGUUAUUUCAUCACUUUCCGUGUCCUACUCCUCCAAGGAUCUAGGUUAUUACGAUGACCUUGCUCGUAAUUUGGAUGCCAAUCUGGCGGAGAUUGAUAUGGAGAGUUUCCGUACAGCAGACAUACAUACCCUGCUUACGGCUCUCCCUGUCAUGUGUACAGAACCGGUUCAACAUUCUGAAUUUAACUAUGAAAGAGAACAAUAUGCCAGUAUAUCUGGAUCUAUCAUGGAAAAGCUUGACAUCGGUUCUUCCAUCAGCCCUCAUACUAGUAGCCAGGAGGAGGAUUCUGCAUGUUCCACCACUGAUACAAUAUCUAUAUGCAAGUCGUCGUUGCUCUUUUCUCCAGUGAAGGAAACAUCAAUGCUACCAUCAGGUGGUAGCUAUAGCGUGGAUUCAUUGGACUGCGAAGACAUGUUGCUUACUUGUCAAACGAAUAAUAAAAAUAAUUAUACCAUUGCUUUUGAGGGUAGCAUUACUAUGUAUUCGGAUGGUUCCCAAGAUUUUGAAAAUCAUGAUAAACCCAAAACAUACGAGUCACCAGAUGCAUUCUAUGAUAAACAGAAAGAUAUGACAAGUGUAUUAGACUUAUCGAUGGCAUGUUCAGACUCGAAGAUAUAUACCACAUGGAGUAAUUUGAAGCAUUCCUCCAUGAAUAAAGCAAUAACUCGUCAUCCUUCUGGCAACAACAAUAUGAUACCAGAUAUCUCGCAGAAUACUGUUAAUUUGAUGCUUGGUGGUAUGAGUAAACGAAGUCAAAGCUUACCGGAUUUUUCACGCGUUCAAAAACUUCAGCAGGCUAAUAUGCCUAUUAAUUUUAGUAUUGAUUCCACCGAAUCAAACAAUCACAUACAAAGACUGCACACCGGAUCUGUAAAUUGUUCGACGAACGGGGAAAGCUUCGACAACACGGAGAACACCGGCACAAAUAAGAAGCUGCAAAAUCUAAGUCUCCUCAGACUCUUCAUGAAGCAAAAGAGCAUGAGUGUGGAGGGGAUGAGUCUGACCUUGGACCAGUCGGAUUCCAUAAGCGAUAACAAUGGUAGUAGCAGUAACAGUGGCAGCGACAGUGCGACCAACACGAAUACCCAGAUACAACGGCAGGAUAACGUUUGCGAUAAUCGUCGCGUGUUCGAGAACAACGAUUUCUCUAUCAACUGGAUCAAACGCGAUAUGAUGAUGGCUAAUCACCGCGACGCGGAGAAUCAGCGAGAAGCCUUGAAAUGUGCAUCGUAUUGCAAAAAUGACAAGGUCGUCGACGUGACGUCAUCGUCUACGUCGGUGGAGGAGCUUUCGGAAAGUAUAUCGUCUAGAUCGGCCUGCGCGGGUCAGCAAAAUUUCGACAAUAUAAUGAAUAAUCUUUCCGAGCAACAGCGGAAGAGCGGUUGGGUGGGUUUAACGGAGACCCAGAAGAAGCAACCGAUAUAUCGAACAACAGGUAUCCAAGCGAACGCGGAGAUGGAAGACAACGCUAUCCAGACCUCCCUGAUCUUCACCGCGAUUAAGGAUAAAUAUGGGCCUUUCUUGCAAGAGACAAUGAUAAACAAGAAACCGGUUUACAUCGUGUACCCCAAUUACACGCUGCCCGAUCUGUCGUUCCUCAAGAUCAAGGAGACCGAACUCAACAAUCUGGCGUUGAAGCCGCACACGUUCGACAAGAGUAACGUGGAUUGGAAGCGUACCGUUCAUGUGGGCUCAAAACCAUCCUCCUGCAACGACAUCGACGCCUUACGGCAACGCGGGUUCGCGCACGUCAAGGAUUGGGAGUCGUUGACCUUCCUCUUGCCGUACGAGUACAAGAAGAUCUUGCACGAUGUGCCGGAGGUAUCCAAGUACAUCAACAUCAACGAGGAGGUCAAGCGACCGCUGUUUUGUCUGUCUUCCCCGAUGCGUCACAAGAUCGGACCCAUCAGCGAGGUCGUCCAUCCGACCGUCAAUACCUCGUCGACGAGCAGCACCGCGACGCAACCGUCUUCAGGGUACAGAGGCUCGUCGACAAUCCUCACCGACUCCUCGACGAAUCAGACGCCGUUGCUGAACAACGCGGUCAACCCGUUGUAUCUGUACCGCUAUGACAGCGUCAGUUCGGAGACCAGUCUGGUAAACAACGACAAGAAGCUGCAUAUGCUGAAUCACAGACAGCCUGGCUGCCCGUCUCUUCCGAAGCGGUCGGUCUCGCUGCCGCAGGGCUGCGAGGGCGAAUCCGGCUUCAAUAAUGGUAGAGUACCGCCGCGACCGCCCUUGCCUAGAAGCAUUCUGCGGAAGAACAAGAUCCUCGCGAACAAACGAUACAGCAUGUUCGAGAUGGGAGAUGUGGGCGAGCAGUCGGAGGAACUCUCCACGGAGCAAGUAAACAAGAGAAUGUCCCUGCAAGAGCCGUAUUAUAUGAACAACGAUUUGCAGCUCUUGUGCUGCGAAACGGCGAUCGACUCCGAGAAAGAUGUCGACGAGACAGAAGCGGAGAGGUGUUUUAAAGAAAAAUUGAACGAGAUUACAAAUAACGCGAACGUGGAAUCGAAAAUUUCUCAGCAUAACGAAGACGAUAUCAAACAAUUGGAAGAAUAUCUGAAACACAGUGCAAUUUCAUCACAAAGCGACGGAGAUAUUGAGGACCCUGAGGUUAAAGUGAGGUCGUACGUGAGGAAAUUUUUAGCCUUGAAAAUGAAUAAGGAUCCGCUCGUCAGGGAUAUUGAUAUGGGAGAUUCGCAGAGAAAAACCGUCAGUUUUGCCGUAAAUCAAAAAAAGAAACAUCCAGAUGCAGAGUUAAAUAAUUUCAACACUGUAAAUGUUCAAAAUCAAGAUCAGGUGAUGGAAAAUAAAUUAACGGUUGAAGAGAAGAGAAAAAUGGUGUCAACUGUAAAUAGAGCAGUAGAUCUUUUAUUAAAAUAUUGGAACGCCGAUUCGAAUCACAGUCGUCCCAACUAUAAUGAAGGAAAUGAGUGUGCGCAAAUCUGUUUAAGUACCUUAUGUCCAGCUUUAUACAUUAUCAUGUCAGAUGGUUUGAAACCUUAUUUGAACUCUACCUUUGGACCAAUCACCAAUAGCGUUUGGCAAAUCGUGGAAGCUAGUUCUCAACAAGGGCCUCUUACGAAAACAUUAAAUGAAUUAGUACAGAAAAUUAAUGGUGAAGAUAUCAUUACAGAGGGAAUGCUGAAGUUUCAUGCAUUUGUAUUUGGCUUGCUGAAUCUAAGGGCUCUAGAUGCAUGGUUUGCGUAUUUGUGUACGCGUGAGUCCAUUCUACGGAAGCAUUACAAUAACAACAGUUUAUUCAUUGCGGCUUUAGUCAAUGCCAAUGCCCGGGAAAUUGUCGAUUCAUUGUUGUACACUUUGAAUCCGCUCGCAUUUUGCCCAUUUCAUCUGGAUCUUCUCUAUCAAUAUCGUCAAUUGCAGAAUAGCUUUGGGAAUAUGAAUAAUCAUACUAUGAAUGUACGUAAAUCUGAAAACUUAUUAUUUUUUAAAAUAUACAGGGCUUUUUAAAAUA